AUGUGGAGACAGUCCGUACCCAAGACGGUCUGUACCCCAGACGGUCUGUACCCAAGACACUCUGUACCCAAGACGGUCUGUACCCAAGACGAGCCUCCGGUGCCCAUCGCUCCCCCGCAGCUGACAGCGGUCGGCGCCACCUACAUGUGGAUCCAACUCAACGCUAACUCCAUCAACGGAGACGGGCCAAUCAUCGACCGAGAGGUGGAGUACCGCACCGUGUCAGGGACCAUGUAUGACCUGCAGCCUGUGGACAAGACCACCCAUAAGAUAGGUCACCUGACACCCGACACAGACUAUGAGAUCAGUGUGCUGUUGACCAGGCCCCUGGAUGGAGGGACUGGGGCCCCCGGGCCUCCUCUCAGGGCCAGGACCAAGUGUGCCGGUGAGUCCUGA